CCGAGCUAUUAUCCUCGCCAACAUGACAAACGGCUCAGGGACUCGAGUCUAUAUGAUCGCCCAUAUGAUCACGACUCUCUCAUUUGCCUUGAUUCAAUGAAAGCGGAUAGGAUUUUCACUUUCUGUUUUCUUUUUGACCUGCAAACUUGUCAUGAGCUUCGAUAGCAUCUAAACACUACUCUCAAUACAGCAAUUAAGUGUUAAUCUGCGGGGAGAGUGGACAGGAGCGGCAGUCGUCAAGUUCAUCUGAUUCAUCUCAAUAUCAUUUCUUGUUGUUCGCAUACUAUUGAAGAGUCUAUUGGAGAGUCAUUUCCUUCCCUCAUUCCCUGACCUAUAUAUCUUCGUCUUUGCUUCGCGGUUUCAGGAAUAUCCACUUCACGUUCCUUUAAUGAAUAUCAAAUAAACAUUCUGCUUUAUACAUAUACAUAAUGUACUUUACCAAUACUGUUGGUACCCUGCUCGUGGCUACCUUAGUAGCUUCGAAGCCAAUUUACCAAAGAGGAGUUGACUUUGCAUAUGGGUCAACACCCGUUAGAGGAGUUAAUAUAGGCGGCUGGCUUGUACUUGAACCAUGGAUUACACCGUCGAUCUUUCAAGCAGUCGAUCAAUCCUUGGGAAUAGUCGAUGAGUAUACAUUAACAGAGAAACUCGGCACAGAUGCAGCUCUAGCAAUUCUCAAACCUCACUGGGAUUCAUGGUGCACUGCCAAUGAUUUCCAAAACAUAGCCAACGCUGGCUUCAACACAGUCCGCAUUCCAAUAGGAUACUGGGCAUACGAACUCUCUGACAACGAGCCCUAUACCCAAGGCGCAGCUCCAUACAUGGAUGCCGCCAUCGACUGGGCUCGUGGCGCUGGUCUUAAAGUUUGGAUCGAUCUUCACGGAGCUCCCCUUUCCCAAAACGGAUUCGACAACUCUGGACACAAGACUUCGUCGCCGGCAUUCGGACAGGGUGACUCGGUCGCAAAAACACUUUCUGUUCUAAACACUAUUACCGAAAAAUAUGCCAAGAAAGAGUACCAAGAUGUUGUCGUUGGUAUUGAAUUACUCAACGAGCCAGCAAAUUGGGAUGUCAAUUUCGAUGUCUUGGAACAAUUCUAUAGAGAUGGAUAUGGGCAAGUCCGCGCUGUUUCCGAUAGUAUUGUGGUAAUUCACGAUGCGUUCUUGGCACCAAGUAACUGGAACAACAUCCUGUCAUCGAAUGAUAACAGUGCUUAUGGAGUCGUCGUCGACCACCACGAAUACCAAGUCUUCAGCGACUCCCUCGUUGCCAUGUCCGCCACCGAACACAUCGACUACGUCUGCAGCAACGCCGGCGCCUACACCGGCGCCGACAAAUGGGUCGUGGUCGGUGAAUUCACCGCCGCCAUGACCGAUUGUGCCUAUGCGCUCAACGGCUACGGCGUCGGUGCCCGCUACGACGGCACAUAUCCCGGUUCCUCAUACGUCGGUUCCUGCGAAGGCAAAUCGGAUAUCACGACGUGGAGCGACGCCUUCAAAACGGAUAUGAAGAAUUAUUUGAGCGCGCAGUUGGCGAGCUAUGAGACGAAGGCGAAUGGAUGGAUUUUUUGGAAUUUUAAGACGGAGGGUGCGCAUGAGUGGGAUGCGGCGAAGUUGGUGGAGUAUGGAAUUUUUCCGGAUUUGAGGGCGGGGAUUCCGGCGGCGAUUUGUUCGUAGGGAUUUACUUGGAGCGAUGCGUGUUUGAGGGAGGGGGGAUGAGGAGAAAUUUGUAAAGUUAAGUACAUAUACCCAGAGACUUGGCGAUAAACAAAAGUCUGUACAGUUAUGAUAUACAAAGGAGAUGGUUUAUUUUUUCGUUAAUUCAUUCGUUAAUUUAUUUAUUUAUUUAUUAUUCAUUGUUUGACUACGUACGGAUCCAUCUAAAAUAUCGAAUGGUGUUACUAGUAUGUAGCAGUGCAGCGGUGAAACAAAACAUCGUUGAAAGAAAAGAAGG